AUGGUAGCCUUUUUGGAGCGCGAACUUCUUGCUCCAUUUAAGGCAGACCCAAUGGUUACGUACUUUCCGUUGAGAGAAGUCUCGUCGUGUGAGAAGGGUAAAUGCAUCGAGUACACAGGAAUUGCCGAAUACGUUGGCCUUUUCGAGGACCCCAAGGAUACUCCUCCCAAGCCAAUAAUCGAGACAAGAGCUGAGAAAAAAGAGAGACGUAGAAGAGAGAAAGAAGAGCUGCUAGCUUACAAGGUGGAACAAGGUAUUGCGCAAUGGAAUCCAGCUGAAAACCCAAAUGCUACGGAAGACCCGUACAAAACAUUGUUUGUUGCUAGGAUCAAUUACGAGACCUCGGAAAAUAGACUGAAACGCGAGUUUGAAACUUAUGGAAAAAUCAAGAAACUGGCUAUGAUUCAUGAUCUCAAUGGGAAACCGCGAGGGUACGCAUUCAUCGAGUACAGUGAUAAGUCAGAGAUGUCAAAUGCGUACAAGCGAGCUGAUGGAACAAAAGUUGAUGGACGGCGAUUGAUUGUUGAUUACGAAAGAGGACGCACACAGAAGUCAUGGCUUCCAAGAAGGCUUGGCGGAGGUAAGGGAGACACUCGUCGAGCGAGAGAGUCUAGGGCAGCAAUGGAAGAACGAGAAGCCCUUGGCUUACCUCCAUUAGAUGGCCCCCGAGAUCGCGAUAGGGACAGAGGCGACUCACCACGUACACGUGAUAGCUACCGUGACCAUGAUCGAAAUGGAUCUUCGAGGCACCGUAGUCGUUCUCGCGAUCGUGGGCAUAGAGAUCGUGGCUAUGAUCGCGACCGAUUUAGAGACAGAAGAGAGAAUGGUCAUGGAAGAGAUGAUAGAAGAAGUGGAUUCCGCGGGCCACCUCCACCUUACGGGCGUGACAGAAGAUAACUCAGACAUUAGAUACAUAUUCUUGAUAUAUUUUCGUUAAGUUAAUUGUAUGGCGAUCCGCCUGAUAACGUGGUUGUCAUGUCAUGUCUCCUUAUUACUUGUAUUUGAAAUAUCCAAAUUUUCUGGGUUGAUUUUUUGCUUAUGAUUUGUUGAAGAUGUUACCUGUACGUUUUUUGUAUGUGUUAGAUUGUGUAUGCACCAUCAUAGUAUAGCGGUGAAAUCAGUUCUGACUUUGAAUAAGAGACUUUUCUUCGUCU